AAUUUGGGUCAAGCUACAUGGAAUGCCAUCAAUGUGCUUUCACGAAGCCAUUGUCUUGUACCUUGCUAACAAACUGGGCAAGCCAAUCAAAGUAAACAGUAUAACUCUCUUGGAUACAAGCGAGAAAUUCGCAAGAGUAUGUGUGGAAGUUGAUCUCACUCAACAGUUACCAUCAACUCUUGAUUUAGAUCUGGAAGAGCUACCUCAAAGUAUGGUUUGGUGGAGUAUGAAGAAUCGCUUUGCUAUAAUUGAGGAGUUGAUGGAUGAAGAAACUGAUUUGAUAGUAGCAAACAAAGAGAAAGCAGCGGUUGAGGGGGAAAAUAUGGCAAACUCAAAAGAUAUCACCAUCGAGAUGGAUAUCACUCUUCCUCAAAUUGCUGAAACCCAAAAAGAGGCCAAUAAGCAGCAGAUGGAUUUUGUACCAAAGAUGCUACCUUCAAUUCAAAACUCUUUAGCAUGCUUCCCUAUGGAGUCUCCUGCCACAAUAAUGCUUCAAGUGGAUAAUACAUUACCGAUGUUAAAGCCAGCCCAAGACUUGGGGGUUAAUCCUACGUUGUUGCAAGUUGGCCAAGUUAGUUGCUUCAUAACUUUUGCUUAUGUUCAACCUUACUCAAUUAUGAAAGACUUAUUUUGGGAUCAACUUCAUGGCAUUGCUCAACAUAUUCAUGGUAAUUGGGUGGUAAUGGGAUACUUCAAUGAUAUACUCACGGUGGACGAAGCAUCCCCAAAGGCAGUAAGAGGUUUUGUGAGAAGACAACGCUUUAGAGAUAGACUCUCCAGUUGUGGUUUACAUUCUAUGGAACCAUUAGGCUGCAAGUAUACCUGGUUGCGCAAACAAAAUGGUAGAGUUCCAUUGAGAGAACGAUUGGACAAGGCUCUGUUUAAUCUCAUGGCACUUGACACGCUCCUGGAUGCUAAAGUGAUCAAUCUUUCGAGGCUAUGCAGUGAUCAUCAUCUUGUGUUGUUCUGCUUGGAUACUCCUAUUUAGGGAGACAGGAACUUUAAACCUAUUCAUUUUGAGGCUACAUGGUUGACACAUGAGGCUUUCAAAUAGGUUUUUUCUGGUGCAUGGUGUUCACAAAAUUCAUCAAUAGCCUCUACCAUUAAAUCUGUUCAGGAUGCUUGUCAGCAAUGGAAUAAAGCCGAGUUGGAAAU